CGCAGAGAGCGCAGAGAGCCAGAACCUGCAGAGAGACGAUCCACAGCACAGACAGGCUGCAACAGCAGGCACAGACGGGUGCAUACACCGCAUGCUUCACAGCAACAAAUCGCCUCACCAUCCGGCCUUUACGCUCUGGAUCUCCAUAAAAAUAUUAGAUACACAGCCUGUAUACGCACAGAGAGAAAGAGGAGGAAGAGCAGCCGUGGAGUUAUAUAAGAGAGGAAGCUUCAGCCUCGUCGCAGGGCCGGUAUGACUCAUUGAUAAAUAACUCAGGCGCUCUCCAACCAGAUGCAUGAAUGAGGAACAGUGUAGGCAACAUACUCUCGGGAGAUCUCUGAAGGGAAACCGCAUUUUUAUGAAUUCCUUCGUCCCGUAACACACUGGAUCCGAAAGGACGUUUGGAGUGAGACUUGACAAGAGUGACGGUUUUUAUUUUGACUUUUUAUUUUAUUUUUUAAGCCAUUGUUCUCAGAGUUGUGUUGCCGAGGGCCCUCUGAGCAGCAGAUCAGACUGAAAACGAAAUUCCAGACAGAUAUUUGUGCUUACUUCUGAAGCCGAGAAGCUCUCCGCUUUUCUUCGACACCCUUUUUCUCCUUUUUUAACUCCUGCUUAUAAAUGCUUGACAAGCUCAAGCCCGUCGUCCAGCUUGACUCGGUUAUGGCGAUCAGCAAGACGGUGGGCUGGCUCCGAGAGCAACUGGAGACGCGCAGGGAUGGCCUGCUUGUGAUGGACUGUCGGGCCCAGGAGCUCUACGAGUCGUCUCACGUUGAGACUGCCAUCAACGUGGCCAUACCCAGCCUCAUGCUUCGCCGGCUUAAGAAAGGCAAUCUGCCCGUGCGCUCUCUGCUCUCCAACGGAGAGGAUCGAGACAGGUUUGUGCGGCGGUGCAAGACGGACGCCAUCCUGCUGUACGACGAGUACAGCCGAGAGUGGAACGAGAACGUGGACGGGGGCUCCGUGUUGGGUUUACUGCUGAGAAAAAUGAAGGACGAGGGCUAUAAGGCAUAUUAUCUAGAGGGUGGCUUCAGUAAAUUCCAGGCCGAGUGUCCGGCUCUGUGCGAAACCAACCUGGAUGGCUCGUCCCACAGCAGCUCCCCUACUGCCCAGGUGCUGGGCCUCGGUGGGCUGCGCAUCAGCUCUGACUCCUCGGACAUCGAGUCUGAUAUCGACCGGGAUCCGAGCAGCGCCACAGACUCGGACGGCAGCCCGUUAUCCAACCCGCAUCCCUCCUUCCCUGUGGAGAUCUUGCCGCACCUUUACCUGGGCUGUGCCAAGGACUCCACUAACCUUGAUGUGCUGGAGGAGUACGGGAUCAAGUAUAUCCUCAACGUGACUCCCAAUCUCCCCAACCUCUUUGAGAACGCAGGAGAGUUUAAGUACAAGCAGAUCCCAAUCUCGGAUCACUGGAGUCAGAAUCUGUCUCAGUUCUUUCCCGAAGCCAUCAGCUUUAUUGAUGAAGCUCGGGGACAGAAAUGCGGUGUCCUGGUCCAUUGCCUUGCAGGCAUUAGCCGCUCUGUCACAGUGACGGUGGCCUAUUUGAUGCAGAAGCUCAACCUGUCCAUGAACGAUGCUUACGACAUUGUCAAGAUGAAAAAAUCCAACAUCUCGCCCAAUUUCAACUUCAUGGGUCAGCUUUUGGACUUUGAGCGCACACUGGGUCUGAAGAGUCCAUGUGAUAACCGCAUGGCACCACCAAGCCAGCAGCUCUACUUCACCACCCCGACCAACCACAACGUCUUCCAGCUGGACCCCCUGGAGUCCACGUGAGGUCUGCUGUCACCACUCCUCUUCUCACUGGGGGUUUGUGGGCCUCCUAUUGGAAAAGCUGCAAAAUGUUUUCUCUUUUUUCCGUCGUCUGCUGUGCGACAUUAUUGAUACAGCUGGUCUGAGGCGACAGCUGCUGAGUGUGGUUACUGAAGGGCCAUAGCUGUCUGACCGAGGCGCAGCUGCUGUUGACUAAAUGAGGAGAGACAGUAAAAGAGACAGGAAGCGAAUCAUUUAAAGUGUGCAGAUACUUUCUACAAUCAGAUUUUGCUGUAAGACUCUUAUGGUCUUUUUUUUUUUUUUUUUUUUUUAAUUUUUUAAAAAAAUUUUUCAGUGUGUCUAAGGAAGCCUAAAGUGAUUGAUUGGACAGCUGUAUGUUAUGCUUCAAAGUUCAAAGGCUGGUGUGCCAAAGAGACAUGAUUGUUCAAAGUGGACAGAUAAAUGAAAUCCUUUUGUAUAUUUGUUUUGGGGUCUAUUACUAGUUCCCCCAUGACAUCAGGGUGCAUUGCCUCCUUCAUCUUCUGUGAAGACUUGCCUGCAUGGGGCUCAACUACCCUGGCUUUAGAAGGCACACAAUAUAAUGGACUUUAUUUUACAUUUGUGGAGUCUUUUCAAACAUUUAUACAGUGUGUAUAUAUCUUAAUAUAAAAGACAAUACGGUAAAAGCCUUGCUCUAGUAGUAUAUACCCUUUGGCACAAGUGGGUACUGAAGAUUUGCUUUGUUUCAUAUUCUACUUUUAUGUAAGCAUACAAACUGCGUAUUGAUCAAUAUGUUUAAGUUGAUUAUGCCAAAAAUCAAGUAGGCUUUCCAAGAAUUGUGUACAUGUGUAAUAUAUUCAAUAAGCGCUUUGUGGCUGGCCUUUUCUUUUUGCACCUGUCCUCCCACAAAUCAAAGUCACCUUGGCCAUUUGCCUUACUUUUGAGCUUGGAAGAUUUUUUUCCCCUUUUUUUUUUCGCACAUUAACCUUCAGAGAAAUGUACUAUUUUUUUUUUCUUUUACAAGUGACAGUAUCCCAGAGAGAUUUGUUUUGUUUUCUUACAAAACCCCCAACCAAACCUAGAACGAUUUUCACUGAAGUUUAUAAAUUGGGCUCCAUGCUUAAGAACUCAAGCAGUUCAAAUGGCCAAAGGUGGAAUUUACUGGAUGUCUCUGAAGGUUAAUUUAAGAAAUCAUGUUCUGUGGGUUAAAUAUUUCUGAUGUGUGGAAAAAGCAGGGAGCUUUGUUUGCUUCGCUUCUUCAGGGAAAAUUCUGUGAAAUGCAGUUUUCACUUGUCAAGAUGAGAGAAAAUUAAAUCCAGAACUUCGGAGAGUUGCCCCCACACCCUCGUAGAGGAAACCACUAUGUUGCCCUCUACUCACUCCUUCCAAACUCCUCUCUUACGAAUGUAAAGGAAAUAUAAGUUAUUAAUAAAUUGCUAUUUUGUCUACA